AUGACUGUUCCCAAAUCGUUGGGUUCAUUGAACUACAUACAUAUUUGGCAUGAUAACUCUGGCAAAGGUGCAUCAGCAGCGUGGUUUCUCAAAUACAUCACUGUUAGAGAUCUGCAAACGUUAGACAAGUCAUAUUUCAUUUGUCAUCGAUGGUUAGCGGUCGACAGGCAUACCAUAGCGUGGCGGAGGGUCAUCUCUGGUUUUCGAUCUUUUCACGACCAAGUUGCAGCAGCUAAAGCAAGUGUCAAUACAGCAAGUCUUGCAUUUGGCCCACUUCAUAUCACUCCUGAACAGAUUAGCACUGGUAUCAUUGUUGAACUGCUCUCGAUUCUUUCAUGGCAUCGAACCCAAACGGUUCCAUCAGCAGCUGUUUCCUUUACGACAGGCUGUAAAACUCAGAAAUGGUUGACAUCACUUCUCGCUGGUUUCUUUUCAUCCAUCUUUCUCAUUCAACCAGCCAAAAUCAUUGGUGUAGCGAUCAUCUUUGCUUUAUUCAUACGAAACACAAACAAUGAUCAACAAGCAUUCUAUGAAGUUCGACACCUUCGACAAUUCUUUCAUAGCACCAAACAAAAUAGUUUUGCGAACCAUAUUCGUGCACAGCAAUGGAAUCGCUUGAUCGGAUGGAUUACAAUGAGACAACUCAGAGUCAAAUCACACUCAUACCAGCUCAAAUUAACAAUCAAUCUCAACCAUUUAGUUCAGCCGUUGAACAAGUAUUUACAUAUCGAACAGACGAUCAACUCGAUACGUAUUCCGUUGUUGGUAAUCAUCACACAUAUGGGUGGUGAUGGAUAUGUUUAUGAAUUUCGUGGUCGAUUCAGUGAUCUUCAAACAAAUCUCUCUCGACUCCAUCGAUUACAAUGGGUUGAUAGUCUUCACUUCGUUGUUUCAACUGAUAUGUACAAUUGUCUUCAUGACAUUUGUUAUUCUAUUCUAUCUGCUGUUUGUGUCCAAAUUAUCGUCAUGUUCUAG